AAAAGAUUUUACUCAACAAGUAAACAGAGUGGAAGGUUCAUGAUGCUGCGAGACAAGCCAGCUAAAUAUUAUGACCUCUUUCUACUGCUUAUGGUCACCCUAUUUUGGCAGUCCACAGAAGCUGAUGAAGAACCAUUAAUUGGGGAAAGAACCAACUUCACUAAAAUGGAACUUCCUAAGGAAAUUCAAUCCAUAAAUUUUGAAAAUGAAAAGUUGCACAGUUUGUCAAAUACUGUAAAACAUGAACAAAUGAUGAUUGAAGUGUCAAAAAAUAAAAAAACCUUCCAAUCCAGUACUGUAAAUGAAUUUGGAGUUUUGGGGGAAAUUUACAACAAGAGUUUGGCAAAUAAUUUAAAAAUGGAGUCUUGUAUUGAAACACAAAGAGAGAAAGAUCCUUGGUGGAUGGUGGAUUUGCAAUCAACAUACCCAGUAGAAUAUGUUUCUAUCACUGGCCGGAAAGAUUGUUGCCAACAUGAGAUGGAUGGAGCACUUAUUCUGGUUGGAAAUUCAUCAGAAAAUGGUGGUAAAUCAAAUUCGAGAUGUGCUAUGGUUCGUACUUUGGCUCCAGGAAAAAAACAAUUUUUCCAGUGUAAAAGAAUGAAAGGACAAUUUGUGACCCUCACUGUUCCAGGAUUAGAAAAGAUUUUAACAAUGUGUGAGAUACAAGUGUUUGUUAAAAUGCCAUAUGCUAAGCUUAAAAAUGAAUCAAUUAUAAAGGAAAAUACUACCCAGCACCAGCCCACUGAUCCAGAACAGACACAAAAAAUACAAACCUUUCAGUCCAGUGUCUUCAUUCCUUCUCAAUUUCCUGAUAAACCUAUGGAUGGGUCUUCUCAAAGUGGCCAUUGUGUUCAGACAUUGCAAGAGAAUGAUCCCUGGUGGAUGGCAGAUUUGUAUUCAACACAAAUUGUAGACUCUAUUUCAAUAACCAAUCAAAAAAUUUGCUGUCAUGAACAGAUAAAUGGAGUUAAUAUUUUGGUGGGAGACUCACAUGAACAGAAUGGAAAGUUGAAUGCCAGAUGUGCAACUAUUCCUUCUUUGGGUCCAGGGAUGACACAAAUUUUCAAAUGUGGGAGAAUGAAAGGAAGAUACGUGACAAUCACCAAUCCGGGAGGGGAAAAGGUUUUAUCAUUUUGUAAUGUGCAAAUCUUUGGAAGACCCUGGGAUUCAAAUAGCAGUAAUUUGGAAACUUCCAAUGGUGAUUUUUAUCCAUUGUUACCUAUUUCUGGUGAUGUCCCAGAAACACUCAAGAAUGAUAAUUCUUCAGCUACAUCAUAUAAUUUUGAUCUCCCAGAGAACAACUUUGCUCCAGUGCUAUCAGAGGGAAAACCGGUCUUCCAGUCCAGCAUCUUCAGUUUCUCUGGGUCUCCUGAAAGAGCUGUAGAUGGGUCUCUAUUCAGUGAUUUUGAAAAAGGCACUUGUAUUCAAACAGAUCGAGAAAUGAAUCCUUGGUGGAUGGUAGAUUUGGGUUCUACAGAAAUCGUGCAAUCUGUGGCACUCACCCCUCGGAAUGACUGUUGUACUGAAGAAUUACGAGGAGCAUUGAUUCUAGUGGGGGACUCCCGUGAUGAAGGAGGGAUGCCCAAUAACAGAUGUGCCAUCAUUGGUUCCUUGACCCAUGGAAAAACAGAGUUUUUCAGAUGUGGGAUGAUGAGAGGAAGAUAUGUGAGUGUUGUGAACCCAAAGAGAGAAGAAACAUUUCUAUCUUUCUGUGAAGUAAGAGUCUUUGGAAAAGCAAACGAGUCAAUUUCUCCUGAUCUUCCAACACCCAGUCCUGAAUCUCAGCUUUCAACGCCCAAUGCUAGCAAUGCCUCAGACUUAAUUGGUCCAUUAUUGUCAAAACAAAGACCGACCUCACAGUCCAGUGUCUUCAUUCCUUCCCCAUUUCUUCAAAAACCUAUGGAUGGGUCUAUUCAAAGUAACUAUUGUGUUCAAACCCUCCAAGAGAAUGACCCAUGGUGGAUGAUAGAUUUGGGUUCAACACAAACCCUAGGAUUUGUGUCAAUCACUAAUCGAAAAGAUUGCUGUCCUGAACUAAUAAAAGGAACCCUGAUUUUGGUGGGAGACUCACCUGAUCAAGGCGGAAAGUGGAAUGCCAGAUGUGCAAUCAUUCCUUCCUUGGGUCUUGGGAUAAAAGAGCUUUUCAAUUGUGGAGAAAUGAAUGGAAGAUAUGUGACGAUCACAAAACCAGGGAGAGAAAAGGUUUUAUCAUUUUGUGAUCUGAAAGUUUUUGGAAAAUCCUCAAAUUCAAAAAACAAUGUUUUCCAUGAUUCCUCUACUACCUUAUCAUCUACUUCUGGUGAUGACCAACAUAUAACUGAUCAUGGUUCUUACUAUAAUUUUGAUCUCACAGAGAAUAAUUUUGCUCCAGUGUUAUCAAAAGGGAAACCUACCUUCCAGUCCAGCAUCUCCAAUCCCUUUGGAUCUCCUGAAAGAGCUGUAGAUGGGUCUCUCCUAAGUGAUUUUGAUGAAGGCAAUUGUAUUCAAACAAACAAAGAUAUUAAUCCAUGGUGGAUGGUGGAUUUGGGUUCAACAGAAACUGUGAAAUCUGUGGCAAUCACCCCUCGAAAAGAUUGUUGUACAGAAGAAUUAUAUGGAGCAUUUAUUCUAGUUGGGGAAUUGCCUGAAAAUGGUGGCAUUUUCAAUUCCAAAUGUGCAGUCAUUAGUUCCUUGAGCCGUGGAAAAACAGAGUUUUUCAGAUGUGGAACAAUGAGAGGAAGAUAUGUGAGUGUGAUCAGCCCAAAGAGAGAAAUAUUUCUAUCUUUCUGUGAAGUAAGAGUCUUUGGGAAAACAUCAGAUUUCAUCUCUCAUGGUGGCCUACCUGUCACUCCUCCUGUCACUUCAUUACCCAAGGCUAAUGAUGACCCUGCCCUAACUGGUCCAUUACUUUCAGAACAAAAACCAGUCUCACAGUCCAGUGCCUCCAUUCCUUCCCAGUCUCCUCAAAAACCUAUGGAUGGGUCUAUUCAAAGUGACUAUUGUGUUCAAACCCUCCAAGAGAACGAUCCUUGGUGGAUGAUAGAUUUGGGUUCUACACAAACCCUAGGAUUUGUGUCAAUCACCAAUCGAAAAGAUUGUUGCCCUGAACAAAUAAAAGGAACCCUGAUUUUGGUGGGAGACUCAUCUUAUCACGGCGGAAAGUGGAAUGCCAGAUGUGCAGUCAUUCCUUCCCUGGGUCUUGGGAUAAAACACGUUUUCAAUUGUGGAGAAAUGAAUGGAAGAUAUGUGACUAUCACACAACCAGGGAGAGAAAAGGUUUUAUCAUUUUGUGACGUGAAAGUCUUUGGAAAAGCCCAGAAUUCAGACAAUGUGUUCAAUGAUUUCUCUUCUACCUUAUCAUCUACUUCGGAUCAUGAUUCUUUCUAUAAUUUUGAUCUCACAGAGAACACUUUUGCUCCAGUGCUAUCAGAGGGAAAACCAGCCUUCCAGUCCAGCAUCUCCAGUGCUUCUGGGUCUCCUGAAAGAGCUGUAGAUGGGUCUCUACUCAGUGAUUUUGAAAAAGGCACUUGUAUUCAUACACAACGAGAGUCUAAUCCCUGGUGGAUGGUAGAUUUGGGUCUGCAAGAAACUGUGAAGUCUGUGGCAAUUACCCCCCGAAAAGAUUGUUGUAUGGAAGAAUUACAUGGAGCAUUAAUUCUGGUGGGGGAUUCUCCUCACAAUGGUGGCACUUUCAAUGACAGAUGUGCCAUUAUUGGUUUCCUUGGCCAUGGAAAAACAGAGUUUUUCAGAUGUGGGACGAUGAGAGGAAGAUAUGUGAGUGUGGUCAUCCCAAAAAGAGAAACAUUUCUGUCUUUCUGUGAAAUAAGAGUCUUUGGGAAAACAUCUGGAUUAAUCUCUCUUGAUGUUUCAUCAGUCAGUCCUGAAUCUCAACUAUCAUCACCCAAAGAUAGUGAAGACACUAGUUCACUUGGUCCAUUACUUUCAGAACAAAGACCAACCUCACAGUCCAGUGCCUCCAUUCCUUCCCAGUCUCCUCAAAAACCUAUGGAUGGGUCUAUUCAAAGUGGCUAUUGUGUUCAAACCCUUCAAGAGAAUGACCCUUGGUGGAUGAUAGAUUUGGGUUCUACACAAACCCUAGGAUUUGUGUCAAUCACCAAUCGAAAGGAUUGCUGCCCUGAACAAAUAAAAGGAACCUUGAUUUUGGUGGGAGACUCAUCUUAUCAUGGCGGAAAGUGGAAUGCCAGAUGUGCAGUCAUUCCCUCCUUGGGUAUUGGGACAAAACAAGUUUUCAGUUGUGGAGAAAUGAAUGGAAGAUAUGUGACAAUAAUAAAACCAGGAAGAGAAAAGAUUUUGUCAUUUUGUGAUCUGAAAGUCUUUGGGAAAGCUUGGAAUUCAAAUACCAAUGUGUUCCAUUAUUUUCCUUCUACCUUAUCGCCUACUUCUAGUGAUGUUCAACAGAUAACCAAUCAUGGUUCUUAUAGUUCUUACUAUAAUUUUGAUCUCACAGAGAACAACUUUGCUCCAGUGCUUUCAAAGGGGAAACCUGCCUUCCAGUCCAGCAUGUGUAGUCCCUCUGGUUCUCCUGAAAGAGCUGUAGAUGGGUCUCUACUCAGUGAUUUUGAAAAGGGCACUUGCAUCCAUACACGACGAGAGUCCCAUCCCUGGUGGAUGGUAGAUUUGGGAUCAUCAGAAACUGUGAAAUCUGUGGCAAUCACCCCCCGAAAAGAUUGCUGUAUGGAAGAAUUAUAUGGAGCAUUUAUCCUGGUGGGGGAUUCUUCUCACAAUGGUGGCACUUUCAAUGACAAAUGUGCAGUCAUUGGUGCCCUGGGCUAUGGGAAAACAGAGUUUUUCAGAUGUGGAAUGAUGAGAGGAAGGUAUGUGAGUAUUGUCAACCCAAAAAGAACAUUUCUAUCUUUUUGUGAAGUAAGAGUCUUUGGAAAAACAUCAGAGGCAGUCUCUCCUAGUGUUCCAUCACAAUCUCAGCCUUCAUCACUCAAGGCAAGAGAUGACACUAAUUUACCUGAGCUACUACAAAUAAAAAGAUUACAAACAUCUCAGUCCAGCAUCUUCAUUUCCUCUCAUUUUCCUAUGGAUGGGUCUUCUCGAAGUGGCUAUUGUAUUCAAACACUGCAAGAGACUGACCCCUGGUGGAGAGCAGAUCUGGGUUCAACGCAAGCUAUAGAGUCUCUGUCAAUCACUAGUCGAAAGGAUUGCUGUAAAGAAUACAUAAAUGGAGCCAUAAUUUUGGUGGGAGACUCACCUUAUUGGGGUGGAAUAUUCAAUACAAGCUCCAGUGCUAUCAAGGGGAAAACCUGCCUUUCAGUCCAGUACCUUCCAUCACUUAGGGUCUCCUGA